CGACGCCCCUCCUCUGUCGACGUAUCGUGCUUCCGCUCCGCCCAAGCUUUCCCAGACGCGUGCCCCCCCACCCCCCGCGCAGGAGACCGCGCAAGGCCUUUUACGCCUGCGGUUCAUCCAAAAAGAUUCUUUCCUCUCUUAGUGCCUCAAUCCAGUCCUGCCUGUGGCACCACCCCGCGACCCAGUGAGUAGUCAACCAACCAUGGGCGACUACAAGCUCUCGGCCUCUCUGCGCGGACACGAAGACGAUGUUCGGUGUGUUGCGUUUCCACAUCCUGACUUUGUCCUCUCCGCCUCUCGAGAUCGUUCUGUCAGGUUAUGGAAGAACGAACAUGUCACCCCUCCAAGGUUCGACAGCACCAUCGUCACGCACGGAACAGAGUUCGUCAAUGCGGUCACGUUCAUUCCGCCCUCCUCCAAGUACCCCGAAGGCCUUAUCGUCUCCGGAGGCAAGGAUGCAAUUAUCGAUGUGCGAGCGCCCAGCAAGCUCCCUGAGGACAACGCGGACGGGUUAUUAUUGGGGCAUGCUUCCAAUGUGUGCGCCCUGGACGCCACCGCAGAUGGCAGACUCAUUAUCAGCGGAAGCUGGGACGGCGAUGCACGGGUCUGGGAAGUGGGAAAGUGGGACGCCGUAACUGUGCUCGAAGGACACACAGCUUCUGUCUGGGCUGUAUUGGCAUUGGACCACCGCACAAUCAUAACAGGCUGUGCCGACAAGAAGAUCCGAGUGUUUCAGACAGCCACAACAGGUACCUCCAGUGUCUUUGUUCGAGCUAUCGAGACAGGGGAUGUAGUGAGGGCGCUUUGCACUGUCGAUUCAAACAACCCAUCAAAUGCGCAAUUCGCUUCCGCAGGAAAUGACGCUGUCAUCCGCUUGUGGCAGUUAAACGGCCGCCAAGUCGCUGAGCUGCAUGGCCACGAGAAUUUCAUCUACUCACUGGCAUCUCUCCCAGGCGGGCGUUUGGCUAGCUCUUCCGAGGACCGUACCGUGCGAAUAUGGCACCUCAAUCAGUGCAUCCAGACGAUCACCCAUCCGGCAAUAUCCGUCUGGUCGGUUGCGGCCUGUGCGCAGAACGGGGACAUCGUUACCGGUGCAAGCGACCGAAUCGUUCGCAUCUUCAGCCAAGCACCGGGAAGCAUCGCGGACCCCACUACCAUCGAGCAGUUCAACAACUCCGUGAGGGAGUCUUCAAUACCACAGCAAGCCGUUGAUAACUUCAACAAGGAGAAACUGCCCGGGCCAGAGUUCCUUACACAGAAAUCUGGCACGAAAGAAGGCCAAGUCCAGAUGAUCAAUGAAGCCAAUGGAAAUGUCACCGCCUACCAGUGGUCAACCGCUGCCAACGAAUGGCUGCUCGUAGGUACUGUGGUCGAUAAUGCCUCCAGUAGUGGACGAAAGAUAUCCUUCAACGGCAAAGAGUACGACUAUUUGUUCGAUGUCGACAUUGAGGAUGGCAAGCCCCCGCUCAAGCUGCCUUACAACCUAUCCCAGAACCCUUACGAAGUCGCUCGCAAGUUCUGUGAGGAUAACAAGCUUCCAAUCACGUACUUAGAUCAGGUAACGAACUUCAUCGUCCAAAACACGCAGGGCGCCACUCUUGGACAAUCUGGGCAAUCUGGACCACAAGGCGCCGAUCCCUGGGGCACGGAGUCGCGCUAUCGUCCCGGAGAUGUUUUUCCACAGACUGAAGCAGCGCCACCGAAACCACGCCAAUCUGUAUUGCCUCAGAAGCAAUAUCUUAGCAUCUUGACCGCAAAUCUUGGGGUUGUGUUGAAGAAAAUCAAAGAAUACAACCAGGAACUUGUUAAUAGCGGACAGAAGGAUCUGUCAUUAAAUCCCGAUGAUAUUGACUGUCUGAAUGAGGCAAUCGAUGAUAUGGAGAAAGAGACGGAACGCAUUGAUGCCAACGGAAUUAAUGCGAUCCUCAAGACUGCCACUGGCUGGCCGCCAGAGAAACGUCUUCCUGGAUUAGACCUUUUACGACUUCUAACAGCCUUAGAGGAGCCAAUACAGUACCUCAUCGCCACAGUGUCUUUCAUCGAAGACCUCGAGGAGGCUGGCAUCUUUGUCAGUUCAACCGUGGUCAACAACGCGAUGAUGGCUAUUCGGUCUUUCGUCAACCUGUUCAACACAGAGUAUGGAAGGGCCCACGCCGAUAAGGAGUUCGAUAGAAUUCACAAAAAUAUCCACCAAUUCAUCACCUCCACUAACCGCAACCUAAUUAUCGCCAUCACGACCCUCUAUAUCAACUACGCCGUCAUGCUAAAACAAUCGAAGGAUGUGAACGCAGACCGCGCCCUCACUCUGCUUGAUGAUCUCUCAAAGAUCCUUAGCACUGCAACUGACUCCGAGGCCGUGUAUCGAGCGCUCGUAGCCACUGGGACACUCCUGCAUCUUGGCGAUGAUUUCUGCGAGGCUGGCAGGGAUGUCUUCUCGCUGGGAACCGCUGUGGCACACGCUCGAGACAAGGUGAAGGAACCACGGGUCAAGAACGUUGUAGCAGAGAUUCAAGAGAAGUUGAAAGGAUGAACAUUUCAGUGCAUAGACUCAAGUGAGUGUUCCUCUAACGUGGAUAUCUGCAUAUAUUUGUGGGUUUAAUUCUACGAACCUGCAGCUCGAGUUAUUUUCGUUGAUCUUCCGUCUCCACCACCUCGGAAACGCUUGAUCACCAUUGAGGCUCUGCGGCACGCACGGUUGAAUUCGUCUGAUUUGUAUGAUAAGAAUACAUAGGACAAACAGCUGAGCUGCAUACGGGUGGCAAGGACCCAGCCUCAGCAUUGCGAAAGUUACAUUACCAGCGGGCAUCAUGAAUGAUGACGAUCAUCGAAACCAGC